GAUCGCAUUAUAUUGUAUGUUAUCGAAGACUGUGGACAGGUCUUAAAUAAUUUGAUUGAUAAAUUGUGAAGUGAUGUCGGUCCAAAAUAUGAAUGGAACGAAAGUGAAACCGGCGAAGGAAACAUUACCCGAAGUUGAGGUGGAAAGCAAUGGAAAUGGUCAUAAAAUGUACUCAUACGAAAUGCUCGAGGAGAUUGCAAAUUUCCUCUUGACGAAAACAAAUAUAAGACCAAUUAUUGGAAUAAUUUGCGGCUCUGGCAUGGGUUCGUAUUGGAAAGAUGGAUCGUUAGCAGAUACUAUUACAGACGCUGAACGGAUUCCAUACGAGGAAAUACCAAAUUUCCCCACAAGCACAGUAGAAGGCCACCACGGUCAACUUGUAUUUGGUCGCCUUGGAGAGGUCCCCGUCGUAGCUAUGCAGGGACGAUUCCAUUAUUAUGAAGGAUAUCCUUUAUGGAAGUGUUGUCUGCCCAUACGAGUUAUGAAAUUACUAGGAGUUAAAACUUUAAUGGCGACUAAUGCUGCGGGAGGCCUAAACCCUUCAUACAAAAUUGGUGAUCUUAUGAUUGUUACCGACCAUAUUAAUUUGAUGGGAUUUGCGGGUAACAAUCCGCUACAAGGUCCCAAUGAUGAGAGAUUUGGUCCCCGCUUCCCACCGAUGAACAAAGCGUAUAACUACGAAUACAGAAAAAUUGCUAAAAAGGUAGCCAAGGAACUGAAACUGGACAACAUCAUAAGGGAAGGCAUUUACACGUGUCUGGGUGGUCCCAACUUUGAAACAGUGGCGGAAUUACGAAUGUUAAAAAUGGUUGGAGUGGACGCUGUCGGCAUGUCUACUGUACAUGAGGUAAUCACAGCGCGCCACUGCGAUAUGAAAGUAUUCGGUCUCUCAUUAAUAACCAACGAAUGUAUCACGAAUUACGACGUAGAGGCCGAAGCCAACCACGAGGAGGUACUAGACGUGGGCAAAAUGAGACAGGACCUUUUAAGAGAAUAUAUUUCUAGACUUGUCCACGAGUUCAGCAAAGUUUAACACAGGAAGAGAGCAACAAAUCAAACGCGUUUAUCUAUAAAGGAUAUUGAAUAUGUAAAAACUUAGAAUAAUAUAUAGAUAAUAGCAAAAUGUGUAUUUAAAUCUAUUCAUACAUGAUUUAUGUUUCCUUUGCGUAUAGCGAUAGUAUUCACUUUGUAUAAUUGUUAUUUUUGUAUACCUUUGAUUGGGGGUUUCCUACAAAAUUAAUAUCUAAUUUAUACAUAUAAAAUUAUAUUAUUUCAUCGUUUUAUAUAUGGUGCCUUACCUUUUUUAAUUAUAAUGAAAAUCCCUUAAAAUGUUAAAUAGGUACAUAAU